AUGGCUUCAGCUCCAGCAAUGCCUUUCGCCAAUUCCCCUGACGUUCCACCUCGAACGUAUCCGCAGCCGCACCCUCAGCAAGCCCUUGUGCCUCCACCUUCUCGUGCCGUAUCCAGUGUGAACUGGCGAAUCCUGCGAGAUAUUGUCACCAACCAACAAGUGGAAGUGAAGCUGAGAGGCGGUGGCUGGGUUAUCGGUAUCGCCCUCACAUGCGUCAAGUUUUUCGAGAUUAUAUCCGGUUACGGGUUUCAAGUAUUGUACACCAUCCCGGGGACUAGGGAUAACCAAGUGGAUGUCUUCCCUGCACACGACGUUCGUGUUCCUGCUCCUCAGACUGCUCCCCCUGCAUAUCACCCUCCCCGUGAGCGGUGA